AUGAUGGCAUCGCACCCCACCGCAGCGGCUUCCGCUAACAAUGAUUCACCAUCUACGCAGCCAACUUGCCAGAAUUGCGGCACUUCAACCACUCCGCUAUGGCGUCGCGACGAGACCGGAUCCGUCCUGUGCAAUGCCUGCGGCCUAUUCUUGAAGCUGCACGGUCGUCCACGCCCGAUUUCAUUGAAGACCGACGUUAUCAAAAGCCGAAAUCGCGUUAAGACGAUGCGCCCCGACAUGCAGGUGAAGAAAAAGCAGAGUCUCCCUGCUACCAACGGAAAUGGCUUCCAGAACCACGAGAAUGCAACGGCUGCCGCCCUUGCUGCCGUUCGCGCGAGUCAACAGAAGGCGACAAACGGCCACGGUCAUGGUACAGACUCGCCCGUGUCGCGCACUGCGACUCCGUCUUUGUAUGAUCCACAUCUGACUGCCUUCCAAGCUAUGGAUCAUUUCCAAUCGGACGGUAUGCCACAAUACCCAAUCCCCGGCGGCUCUCCUGGUCAUCAGUCUCCUAUGAAUGGCGACCAACAACAGAUGGAUGUUCCGCAAACCCACGAGCAGCUUAUCGCAGCCAACUCUAGCUUGAAGACACGCGUUAGCGAACUCGAGCUCGUCAACGAAUUAUACCGAGGUCGAUUGCAGCAGUUGGAACAGGAUAUGCAGAACGCUGACAACUACCGACAUUCGGCAGAGAAUUCGGCAAAGGAAGCCGUAACGGAGCGAUUGCAACGCGAAGAGAUUCAGCGACAUCUGGAGGAAAGCCACAGACGAGAGAACAUCCUCAAGAGACGACUUGAUGAGAUGGAACAGGAGAACCAGGAUCUGAAGAGCAAGAUAGAUGAGUCGGAAUCGGAACGUGCCGCUAAGAAGCCAAAGCUCGACGACACGAAAGUUGAGGAGACUGAGGUACCAACACCACAGUCUGCGUCUUGAACAACGACAAGGAACAGUGUUGACAGCCAUGGCUUUCUUUUAAACCGUAUUCGACGAUACCUUUCAGCUCUUCAUCCUUUCCUUGCCUGUAACACUAUUUAGUCACGAUUUCCCUUAUGCCCAGUUGGUCCUUUCUUUGUUCGGAAGCCUCAGAGGGGGAAGAAAUCAGAGGCAUUCCCGACCUCGGACAAAUCCAUGGCUUCUUUAAUCGUUAGUUGACGCGGGAUGAUAACUUGUUGCGGCGGCCUAUGGAUUGGCAGGGUCAAAAUCUUGAGCAGCUUCGCGAGGUGGAUAAAUUCCAUUAUGACGGAAUGGCUUUGGUCUUCAUGGCUAUCGACCCUGCGAUAGCUUGCUGGGAGGAAACGGGGAACAUGAAAGGAGUUUUAC